CGGGACUCGCUGUGCGCUCCCCAGACGCGUGGCUUCCCUGGGCCGCUGCCAGUCCCGCUCCCCCGGCGGGGGCGGAGCGUGGCCUUUUUUGGUCCGGGGAGGAGUGGCUGUGGUCCGGGAGGUCACCGGACCGCAGGGCUGGCUGCUGUCAUUUGCGCCCUGUGCUCGGGUUCAGCUCAGCUCACCCGGUUCCCAUGCGAACCCGGAGCCCCAGCCCUCGGGAAUAGCAGCCGCAGCGGCCAGCCGGCCAGUGCCUCCAUCCCCCUAUCAGAGACCCUAUCAUGUGCCAGGGGAGCAUCUGCCCGUGGCGGGGGCCCCUGCCUCUCCUCCACGUGCGGACCUGGAUCGAGCCUGUGGUGGCCUCCACGCAGGUGGCCACCUCCCUCUACGACGCGGGGUUGCUCCUCGUGGUGAAAGCGUCCUUCGGAGUUGGGCCCUCCUCUAAUCACAGUUCCAGCCCGUCGCCUCGGGGGGCUCUUGAGGACGAACAGCAGAGGGCCAUCUCCAAUUUCUACAUCGUCUACCACCUGGUGAUGGGCCUGACGCCCCUCCUGUCGGCUUACGGGCUGGGCUGGCUCAGCGACCGCUACCACCGCAAGGUCGCCAUCUGCGUGCCCCUGCUGGGCUUCCUGCUCUCCCGCCUCGUGCUGCUGCUCAAAGUGCUGCUGGACUGGCCCGUGGAGAUGCUGUACGCAGGGGCUGCUCUGACCGGACUGUGUGGCGGCUUCUCUGCGUUCUGGUCAGGGGUCAUGGCCCUGGGAUCCCUCAGCUCCUCCGAGGGCCGCCGCUCCCUGCGCCUCAUUGUGAUUGACCUGAUCCUGGGCUUGGCGGGGUUCUGCGGGAGCAUGGUCUCGGGACAUCUCUUCAAGCAGAUGGUUGGGCACUCCAAGCAGGGCCUGGUGCUGACCGCCUGCAGUGUAAGCUGUGCCACCUGUGCCCUUUUGUACAGCCUGUUUGUGCUGAAGGUCCCCGAGUCCAAGGCCAAGCCCCGCAAGGCCGUGGAUAUAGUGCCUGGCACCGUCGGCAGGUAUGACACCCUGGAUCCUGAUCAGACAGACAAGCAGAGUGUGGUGAGGCCCCCUCCACCUCCUGCAAUGGCUAAGUCCAAACAAAUCAUCAUUGGCCUGUUCUUUGUGGGCGCCAUCAUCUAUGACCUGGCAGUGGUGGGCACAGUGGACGUGAUACCGCUUUUUGUGCUGAGGGAGCCUCUGAGUUGGAACCAAGUGCAGGUGGGCUAUGGUAUGGCUUCGGGGUACACCAUCUUCAUCACCAGCUUCCUGGGCGUGCUGGUCUUCUCCCGCUACUUCCAGGACACCACCAUGAUCAUGAUCGGAAUGGUCUCCUUUGCGUCAGGAGCCCUCCUCUUGGCUUUUGUGAAAGAGACAUACAUGUUCUACAUUGCUCGGGCCAUCAUGCUGUUCGCUCUCAUCCCUAUCACAACCAUCCGAUCAGCAAUGUCCAAACUCAUCAAGGGUUCCUCUUAUGGAAAGGUGUUCGUCACCCUGCAGCUGUCCCUGACGCUGACUGGGGUGGUGACAUCCACGCUGUACAACAAGAUCUAUCAGCUCACCAUGGAGAAGUUCAUCGGCACCUGCUUUGCGCUCUCCUCUUUUCUCUCCUUCCUGGCCAUCCUACCGAUUGGCAUCGUGGCCUAUAAGCAAGCCUCGUGGUUGCAGCCUGGAGACAUCACAGAGAAAUGAAGGUGCUGAUCUGCGGGACCCAGAAACACCAGCAAUGGCCAGACUCCCUCUGAAGACCAAGGACAGGACCAGGAACUCGUGUCCACAGUAAUCCAUUGCUCAAGGAACCCAAGUUCCAGCCAGAGUCGGCCUCAGAAUGACUUGCUGUGGCUCAGGGGUCCUGGGUGGGUGGGGGAAAGCACUUAACUGGUGAUGGAGACACUUUCUCAGCUUUCAGAUGUUGCUAUUAGGCAGAGGUUGGGUUCUGCAGACAGCAGAGUGUGAACUUUCAAGGGAGAUACACAGGCCACAGGCACAGCCAUAUCCAACAUGGAAGCCAGUUUUUUUCCAGGAAUGUUCUGGGGGCUCCACCCAUGGUAACUAGUCACCCAGGAGUCCUGUGUGAGAACACAAAGGCAGUCAACCACCUGAGGGGGAUAAGGAAGGGAAUUUUCGAAAGAACUGCCAACUGUGAACAUCAUUCAGUAUUUUUAAAAUUAAAACAGAACCUUGAAAACAAAGUUUAGCUUUCUUCCCUCAGGCCUUGUUAGCAUGAAUGACUCGGGAGCUAUCUAGGGCUCAGGCAUUUGAAGUCAGCAUAGUUUUGUUUUUAAGAAGGCAAUUAUCAAAAAGGCUUUCUUCAAAGGAAUACUUUCCAUCAAUAGUACUUCCAAAAGUGAGAGGUGUGAAAGGAGAGGGGAGAUAUGCUAACACCAUUUUAUUUUGAGGCACUUACUUUUUUAAUUACGUGAAUAAAAGACUCACCUCCUAAUAAAUCAACAUCCAUAGCAUGA